AUGAAAGUUUUAUUUACUUUUUUCUUAUGUGCAAUCAGUGUUCUGCCGACGUUAGUCAAUGGACUUCAAUGCUAUAGCUGCGAAGUAUGUGCCAACCCAUUCAAUGCAAAUGGUGCAGUUAUAGUUUCAUCAAACGCUACGGGUGACUUCUGUUAUAAAAUAAGCGCUUCUGUAGCUACUAGCCGAGGAAUUGUGCCCACUUGUGUAACUGCAAAUGUACUCGGUGUUGGUACUUGGUGUUGCAAUACUAAUUUAUGCAAUGCAGGACAAUCGAUUGUUCCUAUGGAUUUUAAAAUAAUUAUUCUUGCAUUUCUAAUCUGCAUCGGACUAAUGAAAAUGUUUUAA